AUCGGGUGGUUGUCCUCGCGCGUCGUCGCGAACGUCUCUGGUUAUUUGUACUCACGGUCCAGUCUCCACUUACCAUCAACGGUACUGCGACAGAUACUUGGCGUCUAUACGUUGGUUCGACACACCCUAACGAUAGCGUAGCGCUUCAACACGAUGUUAUCCCCGGCACCUAAAAGUAAGGCCGCUAGUAUAUGGUCUUUUGAUUCGGGGUACGGCUCGGGCACCUUGGAAGAUGAUGAGUGUUUCCAGAUCGACCAGCCUGGAAGCUCCACGAUCUAUGGAACGUUAUCUACGUCACUCCAUCAACACAAUCAGUCAAAUCUUGGCGGAUCUGUGGGCCUUGAAUUGGGAGAUGAAAUUCGCGCUAGAGCAAUCACAAACUCGACUGAGCCUCAGGCUACGGAAGUCGACGUGUUCACGGCGAAAGUUCGCACUAGCAACGAAUCAUUGGUGCCGGCGCAGAGUAAUGGUAUCGAUUGCCUCCGAUGUCAGCUCUGGAAUAUCAUCAACCCCGACGGGAACCUUACAUGCGACGACUGCACAACUGAAGGGUCCGAGACACUUGAAGCUGUCAUAGGUACUACUGGACCACCAAAGACGACGAACGCGGCACAUCGCCAAGAUCAUCUAAAAGCAACCCCAUCGAAGGAAAUCCCCCGAUCUGGGAACACCACGCGAUGCUCUGCAUGUGAGAUCUCAGCACUUGUUCAUCCAGGCCAGUCCAUCAACUGUGCUUCAUGCACUCCAAACACGAGCUUGCUGUUUCCAACUCCAUCAGACCAGUCAUCAAAGGUCAAACGUUCUUGUGCCCGACGGCCACCCACCAAGCUCGAGUCGCAUGCUACGCGAUGCCUGCAAGAAUGGCUAAGAGAACAUCGACACAAUCCCUAUCCGGACACCGAGACCAAGCGUUCACUAGCCGAAAGAUGUGGUAUCACUGAGAAGCAGGUUAACACCUGGUUUACUAAUGCGCGAGCGCGAAGAAGGGUCGUUGAUGCGAGAUCAUCUAACCCUGCCUCGGAAGAUGAAGGAGCCCGGAAUACUCGACUUUCUAGCGUAAUAUCCACGGCGCUGUCGCACCGAGACGCCUCAUCAGGCUUCGAAGCACCAUCCGAUCGUCGGUAUUCUGUCGCGUCUUAUUGCGCAGGUGACGAUUCCAGUCACGCAAACACAACCAUAUCUAGACGAGGCAAGAAGAAGGAUUAUGGCCAGUCUAGUAAUGUGCUUACUCCACUCUCUAAAACGCAAUCAGUUCUGGUCAAAUCGCAACUCCCAUCUGCACACGAUGUCGAUGGCGAGCCACAGACUUGGCAAUGCACCUUUUGCCAUCAACACAUUGCACGUAAAUCUUGGCGCCGCCAUGAGGAGACCCAGCAUCGACCGAAACGAAAGUGGACAUGCUUGCUCACUGGCCCUAGCCUUGCUAUUUCUUCUCGGUCAGACGCGUCUGCAUGCUGUGUUUUCUGCAUGAUACCAAACCCCAGCGACAAGCACUUCGCCGAAUGCCACCGCAUAGCUGAGUGUUUGGCCAAGGAUGAAGGCGAAAGAACAUUCUUGCGACCAGAUCAUUUACGUCAGCAUGUCAGGAACUUCCACAAAGCGAAAUUGGAUGAGACCGUCCGCGACCUUUGGAGAAGAGAAGGACCAGGUAGCCAUGCCAUGGAGAACUGGGUUUGCGGGUUCUGCGCAAAGGUGCUGAAGACGUGGGAUGAUCGCGAGACGCACGUCGCGAGCCAUUUCAAGGAUGGCCUGAUGAUGGCGGACUGGAAAGGGUAUACAAGACCGGAUGCUGAGGCGAGUAAGAAGAGGCCGACUUCGAGCGAAGGACGUCCGAAUGUGCUCUCGAAGUUGGCACGGACGCUUACUUUCCGAUCAUCGCGUGAGCAGCACCACUACGAGUCGCAAACUCAGGGGGCCGAUGCUUUCGAUACUGCGUUUAUGUCCAUUCACGCGCCUGAGGCAGAGGCACCUCUGUUGCCGGAGCUCGUCUUCGAUGACUUCAUGACCGGGGUGGGUGACGGGUAUUAUGAUAUCAACGAUGCGAUUCUAACAGGCACAUACGAACAAGGCCUCGCUUCUGAUGAACGGCACGAUUCCGCGUUUCCGGAUGGAGAUCAAGCGGGCUUUGACUUUGGUAGCCUGGCGGAAGGGUUUGUUGAUCAGGAGGCUGAGGUUGUAGAUGCGUUUGGACUUUGGUACCAGUAGUCACAAGGAUACUUCGUAUACGUUUCUCCAGAGCUGUAAGAAUCUUGGCUUACUCAAAGUACUUGGCUUAUAUCCAUGAUCUGGCUAGAACGGGUGCGUCGAACUUAACAUUCAUUGCAUGUUAUGACGUCAUGUUCCUCAUAGCAAGAUAGAACAUCGGUGUGAAGCUCUAGUGUAGGGCGGCGACCGCUACUGCUUCUGCCCUACAACUUUGUUCAUCAUCAUUACAUACCUUGCUCGCGGC